AUGCGCACCGCCUUGACCAUUGCGGCCUUCGCCGCUGGCGCUUUCGCCGUUCCUUACAAGCGCGAUGUUCUCACCAACUACGACGUCGUCUACGUUACCGACGUCGUCACCGUGACCGCCGGCCAGCUUCCAACCCAGGUUGUGUCCAAGUUCCACUACGGCCACGGCGGCAACUCGCACUCCACGACUGUUAUCGAGCAGGUUUCUACUGAGGCCAAGUCCACCUACCAGGCUCCACCACCAUCCUCCACCCCAGAGCCAUCGACAAGCACCUCCGUCUACGUUGCACCUCAGCCAUCGACGACGGAGGCCCCAUCUUCCACCUACGUUGCGCCCUCGUCUUCUACACCAGCGUACAGCUCGUCCGCCGCCUCGGCAGCCCCAACCUCGUACCAGGACAUCUGUGUCGAGCACCACAACAUCCAUCGCCGAAACCACACUGUCGAUGACAUUGCUUGGUCUGACGAGCUCGCUUCGUCUGCCCAGCAGAUCGCUGAGAGCUGCGUCUACGCUCACAACACUGAUGUCGCUGGCGGUGGCUACGGCCAGAACAUCGCUGCUGGUGUUGAGGCGACCAACAUCUCUGCCAUCAUCACCGACCUGUUCUACAACGGCGAGGAGCCAUACUUCGCCCCCAACUACGGCAAGGAAGACCCUGAUAUGACCGAGUUCGAGAAGUGGGGACACUUCACCCAGAUCGUCUGGAAGGAGACUACGCACGUCGGAUGCUACACUCAGUACUGCCCGAACGGUCUUUCCAACGUCGGCACUGGCGUCUCGCCCUACUUCACCGUCUGCAACUACAAGGGUCCAGGCAACUACGCUGGCGAGUACGCCGCCAACGUUUUGGCACCAAAGCAGGAGGCGACAGCCAACUGGAACACCGGUCUCAGCAAUUAG